AUGAGUAAAGCCGAUGUAGUAAAUGAAAUUCAUAGAAAUGCUAGGGUGAAUUUCCCACGUAGAAAUGUUAUUACGAAAGAUAUAGAUGAUUUAUGGCAAGCAGACUUAAUUGAUAUGCAAUCAGUUUCUAAGGAACACAAAAACUUCAGAUUUAUUCUUACCGUUAUUGAUACAUUUUCGAAAUACGCUUGGGCUUUUUCCAAUUAA